GAAAAACUGAAAAUUUGAAAAAACAGUGAAGUAUAGACACUUAGACAGAGGCCGGCCUGGCAAAUCUGGGGACUAGCCGUCCGUUCAAAUUACCAACUUUGGCUUCUUGUUAUAGUACUUUGGAAGUACUUUCAGAUCUUGCGAGAGACAAUAAAAGGGAGCGUUUGGGCGUGAAAUGUCGACCGAUACGACAUGGGUCGGAAAGAAGCCAUUGAGGCGCAUCGGAGGAAUGUCCGAUGCUCUAUCGAUUGCCGCCGAUCUUGGUUUCUCUGUGCCCCCUCCUCCUUCUCAGGAAGACGUGCAAAACUUAUCAUCUGCUACUGGAGAAAAGGGUGAUGACUUAAUAAAGGUAUUAAGAGAGCUAACCACUGCACAGAGAAAAAUAGCAGAUUUGCAAGUUGAACUCCAAGGCCGAAAGGAUGAUAAAAAUGUUGCACACCUUACACAUGUGAGUGAAAUGGAAAAGAAGUGUGAAACACUGGCGAGGAUUACUACUAUAUUGAAAGAUGUUAUUCAAAAUAAGGAUCGAAUUAUAGCUCGUCUGCAACAACCAUAUUCCCUGGAUUGCAUUCCAGUGGAAGCAGAAUAUCAGAAACAAUUUUCUGAACUACUAAUGAAAGCUGCAAGUGAUUAUGGUGCAUUGACAGCGGCUGUUACUGAUUUCCAAUGGAGCCAGAACUUUAAGGAGCCUCCUUCAGUUUGGGGGGAGAUGCUCCGUCCAAUUCCUGUUGCUUUAGCCUCCUGCACCCGAUUCUUCGAGGCCAUGUCAGCAACAAGAGAGUCGUUUGCAACGCUUCAAAAUUUGAGAGUGGGUAACUCUGCAACCCCGUUGUCAACAACACCGGCCAAGGAUCCCUCGACUCCGCCCGCUUGGAAGAACGAAACAAGUUUUGAUGACUUGGCUAUCAAAAGCCUAAGAAGCCAAGAAACUGAAUGCCAAGAAGCAGACAACGAAAAUAGCGAGGUGGGGGACUUUGAUCCGGCAGAUGUUUCCAGCCACAGGAGAUUGUCUUGGCCUCCAGUUAAAAAGAAUGGCCUUUAAUCUCUAUCCCCGUCUUGUAAGCAUUUGUUUGACCUCGUUGGUUUCCUCUGUAGUCGAUAAUGGCUUCAAUUCAUAGUAGUAUUGCUUGCUUCAAAUUUGUGCAAAAAUUAACAGUGAGUCUGCAUAUUAUGUUUCCAUUCACUGUACUGUUGUUAAACCAUGCAGCAUGGGAUUUGAUGUCAAUACUAUUAUUAACAGAAGUAUUCUUAA